AUGGCGACUGUGAGCGGCGUACUCACAGAUGGUGUUGCAAUGACGACCCUGGACAGCAAGUGCCCGAGGUGCAAAGUUAAUUUCAAACUUACAGAACGGAAGCAGCAUGUUUACCACAAGCGUGAGCCACUGCUGCUGUCGUGUGGUCAUGCGGUGUGUCAGACGUGCUUUGGGCUUGGCUCCCACACCUGUGUAGUGUGCCAGACGGUCACCGUAUUUCAUAAAAAGUUCUACAGCAAGAAACAUCUCUACAUUGUGGGCAGCCUCUACCAAAGCAGGAAUUCUGGGAAUUUAAAGAUGAACACUCAUUUCUCCAAGCUGUACCAACAACCAAAGCAAACCAGCAAAGGCCAGUGUCAGGAGUGUUGCCAGACCAAGGCCACUGUCCUGUGCACCACCUGCAUGUCACAGUUGUGUGAUGGCUGCUUCAAGAAGAUACACGUUCCCAGGAUCAUGAAGAAUCACAAGUUUCAGCCACUGACUGAGGGUGGCUUGUGGCACAUCACGAAGUGCCCUGACCACCCACAGGAGUUGUGCUCCAUGGUGUGCCAGACUUGCUCCUCUGCUGACUCUGAAAAGUACAUAUGCACUCGGUGUCACAUCAUCGGGUCACACCAGCAGCACGAGAUCAUUGAGCUGGAGUACCUGAACUCACUGCAGAUGCCACAAGUGGAAGCUGCCCUGAGUGAGGUGGAGAAUUUUGUGAAGGAUUUGCAGUUUCAGAAGAAUAGGUGCCUUGUGCUGAUAGAUGACCUGAACAAGGCGCAGCAGGUGGCAACACAGGAAACACAGGACAUAGCCAAUUAUCUUCAUGGUUUGCUGCAGCUCAGGGAAGAGGAGGCCACUGCCAUGCUGCAUGCCACAGCCCGCACCCUCAUUGGUGACCUGGCCAGGAAGGAGGCUGAGCUGGAGAACGAGAUUGAUGAGCACAUGGAGGUAGUGAAGGAGGUAAGGGCAGCACUGAGCUGUGGCAAGGAGAUGUGCCACACAGGGAAACUGCUGAAGGACUUGAGGCAGCUGCUGCAGGGUGCUGAGGCUGACAGGGAGAGUGCCAACAACAGUCAGGAAGAGACUUGGCACCACCAGCAGAAGGAAGAGAAAGAGGAGGAGGAGGGGGAUAACAAGAAGUAUAGUAGGUCAGACAGUCUUGAUGAAAUUGCUGAGAAAAUUGCUUCCACUUUUGACAUGACCAGUGUAAUGAAGAACAUACUUGAACAGUUCUCAUUGCCACCUGUCUCCUUGCUUGUGGACAUCAACAAAGAUUGUUCUCAGUUCAUGAGUGGUACACCAGGGGAGGCAAUAAGUGAUGGCUAUCUGACCCCAGCCCACCUGCAGAUCUGUGCAAGCCCUCCAGACACCCUGCCAAAGCUACAUCAACCAAAUACUGUCCCUCAGGGCACUCUGGGAAGUUCCACUCUCCCUCUGAUUGGGGAGACUGAGCUUUCCUUGAUGCCAAAACUUCAGAGUCCUUCCACUUUACCCUUGGAACCUGAAAGGAGUCUUGCUCACUCUCCAGGAGUUCAGGAAUGCUAUAACUUAGUGCUUGAGCCUGAGAAGGAUCUCAGCUUUAAGUCUCAAAAUGACACUGCUUUACUUGCAGAAGACACCAAUAAUGAUGAUACCCUACAACUAGUCACUACUGACAGCUCUAGCACAAAUUACUUGGCUACUGACUGCGCUACAGAAGACACAGCACAGGAAACAGUCACGCCUGAUCUUAUUCUCAAUCGUGUUGACUGGCAGGCAAGGGGAACAGUGCCUCAGGAUGAUGCAGAAUUCAGGAAUGAAAUUGACUUUAACUUUUACAAGUCCACUCCACCACCUCCACUACAAUCAAGGGUUGGUGCAGCAGCCAGUAGAGUGUUGGACUUCAAUGACUUCAGACCAAUAGCAUCUUCGCAGCAAUCUUCCUCUAGAAGUAACAGAACCUCCAGGCAUUUCUCCACCACCUCAAGCAGGAGCUCACUUGUAUCAGUGAAGACUUCUUCAUAUAUUGUUGAAGAGGAGGUGGAGGUGACACACAUAAUCAGCCCCUCUUUCUUCUUUGUACACGUGAAAGACAACUUCCAGAAGAGGGAGACACUCUCUAAAAAGCUUCGCCAGCUGGCCGUGAAGAGCAAGCCAAUAACAACACCACCAGUUGAUGGCAGCCUGUAUAUUGGACAGUUUAAUGAAGACAAGAAGUGGUACAGGGUGCUGGUAAAGACAGUGAUGAUGGAGGAGGAGUCAGCUCUGGUUUCUUAUGUUGACUAUGGUAACAAGGAUGUACUACCCUUUGCCAGAAUGUAUCAUUGCCCAGCCAAACACUGGUUAGAGAAACAGCCAUCUCUGGCCCUUGCCUGCAGCCUUUGGGAGGUGGAACCAGCCAAGGGCAAGGACUGGGACACAGAAGCUAUUCACAUCUUUGCUAAACUUGUGAAGGAUGUGGCUCUCCAGUUCCUCCUUGUCAGUUAUGAAACUGUCAACAACAUUACCAAAUGCCAGGUUGAUCUGAGGCGACCAUGGAGGACUGUUGGCAUUGCCAACGACCUGCCAGUGUCUAUACGAGAGAUCCUGGUCUUCUUAGAGCAUGGAGUCUACACCAACAACUCGCCUCAAGAUGUGUACAAGAAAAAGAGAGAGGAGUCCUUCAAGAGGAGGUAUUUCCUGCCAGAGAUUCCUUUUUGUGAGAUGGAGACAGAGGUUGUGAUCUCCAGUGUCACCUCCCCUCACAACUUCAAUCUGCAGCUUGUGUCAUUCUCGGAGCACCUCAGUUCUCUUCUUGAUGACUUGAAGAAAACCUACAGUCAUCCAGAAAUGAUGAAUAAUGUUGAGUGGAAAAUAUAUUCUCCUAAGAUUGGAAUGCCUUGUGUGGCAAAGUACAGUGGGGACGGGAGGUGGCGGCGAGCGAGGGUGGAGGACCUACCAGGUCAUCAGAUGGUGGAUGUGAAGUUUAUAGACUAUGGGAACAUUGAGAGACUUUGGUACAGCCAGAUUUAUAAGAUCAUGGAUGACUUUCUUGUUCUGCCAAUCCAGGCUAUUAAGUGCAAGCUGGUGGGCAUUAACCCCAUUGAAGGACAGUGGACUGAGAAGGACAUGCAACGGAUGGCUGAGUUGUGUGAGAAUCCUGAGCUGAAGGCUGUAUUUCUGACUUGUGAUGGGGACACUUGUAGUGUGCACCUAUCAGUGUCCACUGAUGCAGAGGACGUGGAUGUGGUACAGCUGCUGGUGGAGGAUGGAGUAGGAGUUCCUUUGUUAUCCUAUUCUGGCAGGGAAGCACAUAGCCACAGCUUGAGAAGGCAGAGGAUGACCUUCAAGGAUUCUAAUAAAGGACCAUCCCUCCUACAGCCUACUCUUUUUGAUCAUGCAUGGGAGACAAGAUUGAAAGUUGCCCAUGUGAAGGUGUUGGAACCGUUUGUGUACCUGCAUGUGCUCCUCAGCCAUAGAGUUCCUGACUUCAACCAGUUCCAAGAGCAGCUGGAAGAGACAAUGGAGAGUGAGGCAUCUUGCAGCACAUUUGCACCAAGUUUGGGUGACAAGUGUGUGGUGAUAAGGCGCAACAGACAGUAUGCCAGGGCAAGAAUUCUCAGUGUGAGAGAAGAACAGGCUGAGGUGCUGCUUCUUGACUGUGGUGGAAUAGAAGAGGCCAGUGUGGCUAAUCUGUGCCAACUACCUGAGGGAAAGUUCAGCACCACAGACCCCUUUUACCAAGUAGUGAAUCUGGCUGGGGUACUGCCCCCGGGUGGUCUUAAGGUGUGGCCUGGAGUCACCCUGGACUACUUGAGGAACCAUUUCUCCUCCUACAAGAAAUUCUUCAUUGUUCCUGAAGGUGAACCAACAUGGGAUGAAAAGCUACAGAUGAAAGUUCAGCCAGUGGACCUUGGCUGGAUGCAUGAGAAGAUGGGAGGACCAAUGGAACCCAACAAGAUCACAUGGGUCUCAACAAAUAAGGAACUAAUCAGCUGUGGUCUGGGCCUUCCUGUCAGGCUGAGUUCGCCUCUCAAGAAAGCGACCAUCGAGAAUGAUAAGAAAUUCCACUUAGACCUUGUGUGUAGCAGUGAUUGCAAGAAAGGAGAGGAGGACUCACUGUCUACAGAAAAGUCUGAGGACACAGAAAGUGAGACCAGCUUGUCAGACGUCAUGAUUCCCACCAGCAUUGCCUCUAAAGUCCCCAAGGGAUGGAUGGUGCCACCACCCCCUGUUGACCUGGCCUUCAUUGCUACACCCUGCAAUGUGGAUGAUGAGGGCCAUUUCUUCCUACAACCUAAGAGUAUGAAGGCCACAAUAAAUCUAGUCAUGGAGAGCCAGACGCUGCUGUUCGCUGGCAGCAUCCCAGGGGAUCAGGAUCUGUGCUGGCAGCCUGGGGACCCCGUGGUGGCCAGGUACCACCUUGACAAAAAGUGGUACCGUGCCACUGUGGACAAGUUGGAGAAAAAUGGGGAAGUGAAGGUUACAUUUGUUGACUAUGGGAACUCAGAGUCUGUCAAGGUUCGUGAAAUCCGCACUCGCCUUCUACACACCAACAUCCCUAUACUGUGCUACAAGGCGGAGCUCAACAAUGUAGUGCCUGCCAGUGAAGAUGGUCAGUGGAGUACAAAGUUACUGGACUUCAUGCACCGCACUAUUGUUGAUAAGGAGUGUCUUGUUACACUGAUUGAGCCACCUGUGAUGGGACAGGUGCUCAAGGUGAAUUUGAAGCUGCUUAGUACGGAUCUGGAUGUAACAUCAUUCCUGGUGGAUGAAUUAGGAGCCUGCAAGAGAAUUAGUACACCUAAAGAAGAGGAGCAAAGUUCCCAUGAUGUGAUCAUUGAGAGUGAAGAUUCAGAGGUAAGCUGCAAGUUCACCCAGUUCGUACCUACACCUCAGCUGUAUCUACCUGAGGGAGAGAUGUUCUGUGUGCAAGUGACAGCUGUCCAAAAUCCUGCACAUGUGUUCCUUAUGCCACUCACCAGCCAGGAGCUGCCCAGUACUGCCUAUCACAAGGCUUGGUCAGCUCAGUGCAGCAACCUUAAGAAGUUCCUAAAGCAUAUCAAUAAAGAUCCCAGGGAUCUUAAAGUGGUGUCUGAUCCCAAAGUUGGUAAGGUGUGUCUGGUACAGUUCAAUGAGGAGAUGUGGGUGCGGGCUGAGGUGGAGGAAGUGGAUGCUUCCACUGCUUCUUUGCUCUAUAUUGACUUUGGCCACAGGGAGAAGGUGUCCAAGGAAAAUAUCUAUGAGUGUCCUGUGGAGGGGAAGAAGAUAGCCCGCUGUGCCAGGUUGGUGCGGCUGUCUGGCGUGGAGCCACCAGGGGGACCUCAGGCUGAGUGGGAGGCUGUGGCCAUGGAGGCAAUGAUUGCAUGCCUUAUGAAUCCAAAGGAGCAGUGUUUCUUGGCAUCUGUCCUGGAUGUGGUGGGAGAUCUGGCAGAAGUGGAACUCUUCAAGAUGAACUCCACACAAUCCUUCAUCUUGGCAUACACUAAGCCAGUUGAGAAAGGGAUAAUUACUCUUAGGCAAAAAAAAAGUCUUGAGGCUCAGUGAAUUUCAUUAGUUCAUAGAUGAUACAACCAUUUCCAUUUUUCAGUUUUUGAAUUUCAUUCUCAUAUUACUUUUUCAUCCAAAUAUAUAUUAUUAUUAUUAUUUUUUGGGGUGAUUGCCAAGUUGUAUAGAAAGUUAGAUACAAUUCCUAGUUUAUUUUCUUGAAAAUUAAUAUAUUUGGAAGUUACUGAAAACAAUCAUGUUCAGUAAGGUUGCAUGAAAAGGACAAGCAUUUAUUUUGAGUGAGUACUGAGACUUCCCUUGUUUUUGUAACUUGUUAGAAUAUCUUUUGUUAAGAAUAUGAUUUACAACUAUUGUGUUGUAUGCAUGACUGAUUCUCAUGUAAUCUUUUUAAGAUGGCCCUUUUAGUUGAAUCUUGUUAGAUUUGAUGAAUUUAUAACAAUUUCACAUAAGUAUAUGAAGGAUACCAUGCAGCAGUAAUCCACAAGCUGCAGGUGCAAGCAAGGCACAGAGAGAUAUCUCAAGUUAAAGAAUCAUGAUGGCCAACUCUUAUAUUUAUUUCUAAAUUUGUUUAUAUAUGUAUCUAUAAUAAUUGAUUUG